AUGAUGGAUCUUUACCAAGCUGCGGGCCAAGGCAGCAUCGACGACAUAGAGUCUGCGGUCGAGGAAGGGUGCGAUGUCAAUACCCAAGAUGAAUACGGGCUAACCCCUCUCUGGUUCGCCGUACAAGGAGGCCAAGUAGAUGCAUGCAGAAUUCUGAUCGCUCGAGGCGCUAGCGUGGAAGGGCAAAGACCCAGCAUUCUCGAACUCGCUGUCCAACAAAGGCAUACCGAGAUAGUGGAACUGCUUUGGCCACACUGCAAAGCGGAAAGAGAAUAUCGAGCUUUAGAAAGUGCUAUCUCACUGGGCUUUCAUGAAAUCGCGGACUUUUUGGUCGGAACACAGGAAUUCGAAUAUCAGCACUCCCAAGCCAAUGACAUUGAAAUGCUCAUAAAAGACGGAUUUCCCAGCCGAGAAAUUCCGGGUUUUUUUGAGCAGUGGGAGAGAUUUAUUUUUGUUCGGCGCUCUGAGAAACUCCAUUUACAUCGUAUUUUUUUGGACUACGCCCUUCUUCUCGCAACGAAGGCCGAUCGCAAUGCUGGAAUUCGAUUAGUGAAUUUGCUGCUUGAGGGAGAAAUCCCUAUUGCCGACGCAAAUUGCAAGAUCAAAAUCGACGAGGAAUUUGAAACACCCUUAACGAAUGCAGCUGAGAAAGGCAACCUGGAAAUACUAGCCACUUUGAUUGAACUCCCGCAGAUAAAGUUGACACUUCGUGGCAAAUAUAACUGGCCUGCUUUUCUCCAUCUGCUGGCGAGCUCCGAGUCCAUCACCUCUGAAAAAGGCCGGACCAUAGCACAAAAAUUGUCCAAGAAGACUCUUCCCGAUUCGCUUCUGGUCGAUACCAAGUUGGCUCAUCUGGAAACCGUAUUCGAAAAUGUCCUCCGACUCGGUGACGAUGCUCUUAUAAGCCAGGUGAUUGACCUUGUUCACGGCGCUGCAGGGAUUGUUAUUCUGCCGCUAUUGAUCAAAGUGAAUGAGCGUCAUGGUCUGAGAUGGAUUCUGAAUAGUGACAUAGUGCACGCAUCCAAGCCUCCGCCAAUACUUUGGGUGUUACUUUGCAAUUUCUUCCAACGUAGUCCGAAUUCGGAGGCCAUGAGGCUUUUUACUCGAGUGGCAGAAUUUUUGGUGGAAAACGCGAUUUGGGACCGGGUGAUUCUGGUGUGCCUCGACUCACACAACUUCUGUUUUAUGAAGCAAUUCUUCUAUCCUCUCAACAAGAUCCCGCCAGGGGAAGUGACAGAGGAAACAUUGGAGGGACUUCCACAAGCCUCUACUGAUCAAUCCCUCGUAAGGGAGUGGGUUGACAAAGGCUUUGCUAACGCAGCACUGUGGAGCGCCAUUAGAUCUGGGGUAUGGAAGAGUCCAGCAUUUGAAAGGCUGCUUUCCUGCUCCGAUGUUGAUUUAGAUGAGCCAGCUCCGCGCAAAAAGAUUCCAGGCGCCGGAGAAAGAAUGGACCUUUCCCCUCCAUUCUUCGGCAAUUUUAUCGGCAAAAAACCAAAAUUUUCUUUCAACCCAUCUGCGGAAGAUUCCCCAAGAUUACCUCUCGAACCCGUUGUCCCAGAGAACCAUGCCCAAAAAGACUAUGAAAUGCAACUCUCGCGACUGGAGCAACAGAACAGGAUACGAUUAAUGAUGGCCCGGAAUGAGCAGGAUACGAAAUUAGGAAAGACUGUUCUAGCAUGGGCCGUGACAAGUCAUAAUGUUCAGCUUGUCGAAGUUCUUCUGCGCACCUCACGCGUAAACGUCAAUUCACAAGGCCCUCAUAAUACAACCCCUCUUAUGCACGCUAUUUCCGUCAAUGAUGUGCAAAUUGUGGAGAAACUAUUGGAAAUUGGAAAUAUUGAUCUUAAUUUGCGGGACGAUGAAGGUAGAACUGCUAUCUUUCUCGCCGCACAAGCGGGAGACCUCCAUAUCAUACGAUUGCUCACAUCGACUAAAAAUGUGGAUUUUUCUAUUCGGGAUUGCAAUGGCGAAAAUGUCCAGGAUCUUGCAAAAAGGAUGGGAAGCCAAGACGUCGUAGCUGCACUUGCUACUUAA